UGAAGCAAGGAGGCGCGCAGGAACCUUCCCUCCGCUUCGUUUUCUUUUUUUGCAAAGGAGGGGAAGCGGUGCAAGAGGAACAGGAAGCCUAGAUAGAGGAGCGCAGCGAGCGGAGGUUGAGAAAUCCUUCAUAAGGUUGCGGAGUCGCUCUCACCGGGAGGUGGCUCUGCCCAAUCUCAGAAAUGGGUUUCGCAAAAGGCUGACGGUUCCCCUCCUCCCCAGAUUCCUAGGCUGCCCCCCCCCCUUUCCUCUGGUCGAUCCCGACGUUUGGACAAAUGCACGUGGCUGAAGGACUGUCUUGAAAGGUGGUGAGAGGGCCAGCCACGAUGACACCUGAAGAAAUUCUGUACUUGGCCAUACUUCUCAUCUCCAUCCCCAUUGGCUUCGUCUUCAAGAAAGGCGGGCCAAAGGUCAAGCAGUUUGGAGGGGCAGCUGUGGGACUUGUGUUGACAUUGGCCACGUGCCACAUUCACACCCUUCACUCGCUCAUUACUAUCCUGGGGACAUGGCUGAUUAUCAACCUCUCUCCUAGGUCUUGCCACUAUUUGACACUCGGAUGGACCUUUUCCUACCUGCUCUUUUUCCGCACAGUGACGUCCUUUGACCUCCCAGAGCCAACACCUUUCACCAAUGCAGUGCAACUUUUACUCACGCUCAAGAUGGUGAGCUUAGCCAAUGAAGUACAAGAAUUCACUGCGGCAAAGAAACAGGAAGUGACAUCCUUUGCCAAAUCCUCUGUGAUCGGUGUGAUCCCCAAAAUGCCCGGAUUGGUAGAGAUCCUGUGUUACAGUUACUGCUACGUGGGGCUCAUGACAGGCCCAUUUUACCGUUAUCGUACUCACUACGAUUGGUUGAACCAACCAGAUUCCUCGGCCAUCCCUAGCUGGCAACCGCUGCUUUCCAGGGCGAAAAUGAUUCCGGUUUUUGGCGCCUUUUUUCUACUGGUGUCUCACUUCUUCCCUCUGAGCUACGUUCGAAGUGAUGUCUUCAGUGAACGAGGAUUUCCUUUCCGCCUCUUCUAUAUGGUGCCCAUCUUUUUUGUCUUCCGCAUGCGCUUCUAUGUGGCCUGGCUCUGUGCGGAAUGUGGCUGCAUCGCAGCCGCCUUUGGUGCAUAUCCGACCACUGCCAAAUCGCGGUCAGGCGGGGGACCCACCAUGGAAUAUGAACCGCUCAGCAGCAAAUCAACUGAUGGGGAAGUGUCCAGCAUCACCUAUGAUUACGAGACAAUAAAAAACAUUGAUCCACACGGCACAGACUUCUGCGUCAAGGUGAAGGAUGGCAUGCGUUAUUGGAAUAUGACUGUUCAGUGGUGGCUGGCACAAUACAUCUAUAAAAGUGCACCUGUCCGUUCCUACGUCAUGAGGAGUGCCUGGACUAUGCUCAUCUCUGCCUACUGGCAUGGGAUUCACCCUGGCUACUACCUCAGCUUCCUUACUAUCCCACUAUGCCUUGCAGCUGAGGGAGCAAUGGAGAGCGGGCUCUUGAAGCACCUGUCCCCUUCUGGCCGUCUCUAUGGCGAUUGGGUGCAGUGGUUCCUGAAGAUGAGGGCUUACGACUACAUGUGCAUGGGGUUUGUACUGCUCACCUUUGAGGACACUGUUCACUACUGGAGCUCCAUCUAUUUUUGCAUCCAUGUGGGGGCAGUGGCAUUCUUCCUGCUGGGGAAAGCCUUGGGAGUCUGGAGGGAGCGAGGCUCCAAAAAAGGCAAAGAUGGAGCUGCAGAAAACCCUCGACGGCAGGAGUGACAAGGCGAAAAUGAGGUUGACUUAAACCCCCAACAUGGGCGUUCCCGUCAGUCCUGGAGGCCAGGCGUAUACUCAACACAAAGACUAUUUUUUAAAAAACUUGUUUCACUGCUGAAGUUGUAGUUAGGAGUCCAAGAAAAGGAAUGAGGAGUAGAGUCGUAAGGUAUCUGCUCUUCCUUUGCUUCCUUACUAUAGGACUUAUGGAUCCCGACACCCGAUGCUGUAUGUGAUGGCAGUAGUGUGUCCUCUGGGGGUGGGAGAAAACCUAACAUCUAAUCCCUUUAUUUGCUGAAUACUCUUUCAACGUUUCACUCCCUUCCUAAAAAGUUUGAGAGUUCUGGUUCAUAGCAUCUCUCUGCUCUUAAACAUGUUUCUCUCUCUCUCUCUCUCCUUCAUUUUUGUAAACUCCCAACCUCAGCAGUUUUACAGAGAAGCUGGGGCUUUGCAAUAAGGAGCUGAGCUCUGUCUCUUACCUGCUUAUCAGCACUCCAUUCUGUUUUCAUAAUUUUUAGUACUACAGUUGUAUCCUUGAAAGAAUACGGGGGGUUUGGAAAGGGGAACUGGACGCCAGAGUUGGAAAAGCUGCUGCCAGAUCAAGUGUUUGUAGAUACCUCUGUGCAGUGAAAUGUGUAGAAAGUCUUGUCAGACUCCUACCAAGCCCUGAAUCAGUGAUACCCACCAAGUGAGGGUGAGAUUCUUAGAGGUAAAAAGGCAUCUCCAGUCCUAAAACCUGGAACAGCAAAAGGAUGAUACUGCAGAACUUGUAUUUGCUUAUUUAAUAGUGGAGAACUAUUCGUUAAGAAAAACAUUUUGCAUGUAACGGCGGCUCUGACUAGGAACUUAGGGUUCCUGAAUGUUUGGAAGCUGUUUCAAGCCACAAUAUUUGUGUUAUGUUCUGCAAAAUUCUGUUUUGGAAACCCAUAGCUUUGGAAAAUACAUGUUUCAAGAUAUGACUCCUGAACGUCGAGUUUUCCACUGCAGAAAUCCAAAAUUAUUUAUGCAAUUGUGCCUGACUCAAGGAGGGUAAUUUCUUUAUAUCUUAAGGGAAGAUCAAAUGUGAAACUGUAAACAUACUUUGCAUCUAAGGGGAGGUCUGAGUGAAAAAAUAAAUUUUUUGUUAAGAAUA